AUGGAGCUCACCUCGUUUCCUCGUUUACACGUAGAAAGAACUUUGGCGCUCAUUAAGCCAGAUGCAAUUCACAAAAGUGAGGAAAUUGAAGACAUCGUUUUGAGAAAGGGCUUCUCCAUUUUGCAGAAGCGAAAAAUUCAGCUAACUCCAGAACAGUGCAGCGACUUUUAUGCAGAACAUUAUGGAAAACUCAACUUUCCCAGCUUGACUGCCUACAUGAGCUCUGGUCCAAUCAUUGCCUUGACUCUGGCCCGGUACAAUGCAAUAGCCUACUGGAAAUCCAUCAUUGGACCUGCUAAGGCCACAGAAUGGCCUAUUGACAGCCUUCGAGGGAAGUAUGGCACCUCUGAUCUGCAAAAUGCCGUCCAUGGCAGCGAGUCAUUUUGUGCUGCUACUCGAGAGAUUAAAUACAUGUUCCCAAACACUUUGAUUGAGCCCUUCCCUACAAAAGAAGAACCCGAAGAAUAUCUGAGUCGAUACGUGAAACAAACAUUGCUUCAGGGACUCACUGAGCUCUGUAAACAAAAACCACGCAACCCCUGUGUUUGGCUUGCUGACUGGCUGAUCAAAAACAAUCCAAACGGGCCUCAAAUAUUUGAUGGAGCUGUUGAGGAAGCAAAAUGA